AUGACUUCUGAACACAGUGUCGCCAAGGUGCUACUCGAAUGGAUCAACAGCUUCUCGUUGGGUAAGACGAUUCGGAAUGCAGACGAAUUGACGGACGGAAUCAUACUCUGGGAAAUACUACAGGACAUUGACCCUCAGCAUUUCUUGGACGAAUUACCGGACCGAAACCCGUCUGACCAUUGGGUUACUAGAUGGCAGAACCUCAAGCACCUCCAUAAGCUCUUGACCAGUUAUAUUCGCAAGCAGAAUGACGAUGAAGUGCCUCCUGGACUCGACCCAUCGCCCGAUUUGAAAGCAAUCGCCGAAGCGAACUCGCUGAAGGAAACAAACAAGCUCCUGAAAUUGAUCCUGAUUGCAGCUAUUAGUUCUGCGAACGCAGAAAUGUACGUUACAACACUGCAGAGCUUGAGUACUCCGACGCAGGAGGGAUUGAAGGAUAUUAUCCAAGAAGCUCAUAAUACCCAGCAUGAAGACUCUUCGGGGGAAGAGGAAGUGAAGGAUGGCGCGGCUAAGCGUGACCACACAGUCGACCCAGAGCUGCGAUUUGAAGAGCGAGUUGGAAAAGUUCUUGCAGAGAAUGAUAAGCUAGCGAGUGAGAAAAAAGAGAUGGAAAAGGCCCUGGAGGAUUUACAUAAUCGCCUGGCCCGUCUUCAAGAAAAUAAUGAUACUCUACAAACACGCCUGACCUCAACGGAGGAUAGACUGGUUACACUCAAAUCAGGGAAAGGUGACGUGGGAUUUAGUGCGAAGGCCCUGGAAAGCAAAUCACGCCAGCAAGAGGAGCUCAUUGCCAACCAGGAGGCCAAGCUUUCUACAGCCCAGGAUGAGAUUGAUAGUCUGAAAAUGUCACUGGAGACUAUGCGAAUCAAGACGCAACGCUUCCAGAAGUUACAGGAUGAUUACGAUGAACUGAAGACUGAGAGAGAUCAAUUGACCCGGAAAGCAAAUGCGGCAGAGAAAUACCGACAAAAACUUCAGGCCAGCCAAGACUUUGAGAAAGAGAACCAGGCGCUCAAAACCCAAGUCACAGAUCUUCAACAACAGCUUAAGGAUGCGGACUCAAACCAACGCCGAUCUUCUGAACGGGACGUUGAAUUGGAGGAAUAUAGGCGCGUCUUGCCACGUAUCGAGCAAGACCGUCACGAGAUCCAGAGUCUUAAAAAGCAACUGGAGUUCAACAAUCAUGCUCUCACUGAACGCCUUCAAAGUGCAGAAGAACAAAGAGACCGAGAUGAGGCAUUGAUCAGCGAACUGCGAGAACGGAUCCGAGAAUUAGAAGGUCCUCCUGGUAGUCCUUCACUUACGCCUGGAAAUACAACUCCAAGGCCACAAGGCACACUACAAAAGGACUUGGAAGAUAUCGGAACGAGAGAAACACAGUUGAAAUCGGAGAAUGAAGAACUGAAGAAAGAGGUGGAAAAAUUGAAGACAACCCCCAACUCACUUGGAUCGAACCUCGAGGCAUACUCUGAAAACUUGGUGCUGACGGCACAGUUGGCGCAAGCCAAAUCAACGCAAAGUGAGGAAUAUUGGAAAUUAUACGAUCAAUACGCAGAAGUGCGGCAGAAGCUUGCAGAUUCUGAAGAUGUUAUCGAUGCUACUAAAAGACUACUUGAGGAUGCGAAAUCAGAGCUGGGACUUGUUGGCAAAGAAAAGAUCGAUAUGAUCACUGAAGUCAAGGAUUCUAAUUCCUCAGAAAUCUCCAAAGUUCGCGCAGACUGGGAUGAGCUUUUACAUAAGAUUCACCAUCUUGAGGCUGAAAUAGAUGCAUCUCAGGCUCUUGUGAGAGACGUUUGCGCUGAACGUGAGGAGCUGCGCACAUUGCUGGACGACAAGCAGGGCAAAAUCCACAGCGAAGAUGAGGCCUCUAUCAAGGAAAUGCAGGCACUUCUCGCAGAGUUUGGUGCUCAAACCAAUACCGACGAUCCUAACGCCGCUUCGAAGUCGGCUAUUGAGCUUUUGAAACAUUUCGCGGAAGUCACAGAAAAGAGUGCAGAGAGGCUUGCAAAGAGGGCUGAAUACAUUGAACAACAAAAGGAGUUUAUUAAGACACUCCAAGACCGAAUUAAAAACAUGGAAGAAUCAAAUACAGAGGACAGUAUAUCUAAACAGCGUGAGAAUCAGAAUGAACUCCAGGAUAUCAUUCACCGACAAUCUCGAGAAAUCUCUCUUAUUUGUUCUGCGUGGUACGACCUUCAAGGGCGCCUACAACACAGUAACGUCAGCGUUUCGCGUUACCGCCAACCUGCAUCCAUAGGCACUGGCGGUGGAGUGGAUUCGCAAAGAGGAUGGCUUGCAAAGCAAAGGAGCCUUGUUUCCAACGCAAGCACUCCUAGAUAG